AUGCACUCCUUCACUCUCGGCGUGGCUCUUCUGAGCGCCCUCGCCUCUAAUGCUGUUGCUGCCCCAUCUCAGCACGCCGACGUCUCCGGCAGCAAGGACAAGAGGCAGAUCAGCCUUCCUCCUCUGAUCCCCUCUAUCCCGGGCGUCACCGAGCUCCUCAAUGAUGUGGCGCCUCCCCUGCCCGUCCUUCAGGUCCCCACGCCCGCCCUGGACAGUGAGAGUUUCCCUGUGGAGAACAUCAAGCCCAAGAAGAUUGGCUAUAUCUGGACCGGCGCCGGUGACAACAAGCACAAGGACUUCCUCCUGACCCUCAGCCUCGACGAUGACACCUUUGGCAGCAUCAUACACAUCACCGAUGUGCCUACCAGCGGCAACUCGCCGCACCACCUGAGCCCUUCCCUGGAUGGAAAGGUGCUCAUCGGCGGCGGUCUCCUGUCUCUCCUAAAGACCCAGGACACGGCCUUUUACUUUGACACGAGCGACCCGUACGCUCCCAAGUUCUCCCACAGCAACCGGGCCACUCUCAGCUCCAUCCCUGAUGAGAUCCGUGCCAAGCCCGAGGGUGGCUUCCUCAUCACCUACAUGGGAAGUGCCGUCGGCACCGCCCCUGGCCGUGUCGUCGAGACUGACGCCGAGGGCAACAUCAUCCACCAGUGGCCCGAGGAUGUCGACGGACUUCUCAACAUCCUCGGCGAGCAGUUCAGCCCUCACGGCCUCAGCGUAGACUGGGAAAACAACAUCUUCCUCACGUCCGACUACGUCGUACCCCUGAGCAUCCUCAAGCCCAGUUUGGGAAUUGUUCGUGCCAGCACCCUCCGUCUCUGGCAGCUUGACACCCGUACCAUCAUCUCCACCAUCACCAUCCCCAACGGUGACGGUAUCCAAGACGUCAAGUUCAUCCCGGGCAACAAGGAAUCCGCCGCUCUCGCCACUGCUGUUGGUCCCGGUGAGGUCUGGAUCAUCUACCCCUUCCGCAAGAACGCCGACGGCACUCAGGGUGUCGCCGAGAAGCUCUUUUACCUAGGCAAGGAUGCUGAGAAGUCCACGGCUAUCUACUCCGACAUCUCGGCUGAUGGAAAAUGGGCCUACUUCACCAUCACUGUUGGCAACCACGUUGCUGCUCUCGACAUCUCGGACCUCAACAACGUCAAGCGUCUCGAUGACCCCGAGGAGACCCAGCCCAUCGUUGGUCCUCACUAUGUCAAGCUCUCCCCCGACAAGAAGAACCUCCUUGUCACUGGCUACUUUGUGCAGGGUGGCGAUAUCUCUAUCCUCAACACUGCCGCCGACUACAAGGCUCACUGGCUCGACGUUGCCGAGGAUGGUUCCAUCAGCUUCAACCGAACCAUUGACCUUGAGAACAUCUUCGGUGCUACCCGUGGCGGAGCUCGCCCCCACAGCAGCGUCAUCUACGACCUGACUGAUCCCGAGAACCCUAUCUACUACUAA